UAUCAAGAUUUGAAAGUAUUGGCCAAGUGAAGGUGGACUCUCCGGAGGACAGUGACUACAUCCUGCUGUUCUGUCCCAUCGCAUCCAGAGUUGGAACAGACAUCAGUGACGCUCUGGAAAGUAUUCCAGCUGGUGACAAAGAAGUCAUCCUUGUGGUGAUGCAUCACACCUUCAACAAAGAUCAUGUUGUGGCUGACAGCAGGUGGCAGGUCAGUAACCCAAAAGUCCUCCUAAUUGUGGACACUCUGUUCUUCGAGGGACGUCCUCUGCAGUCUAAACACAAUGAAAUCGCAUGGGAUGAAAUCAAGAAGUUUCUUGGUGUCUGUGCUGAGGUCCCCAGCCGUGGCUUCAGUGAUUACUGUAUGGCUGUUUUACAACUUGUGUGGGCUGUGAUCUUGUUGAUGAUAACUUGGAUUCGUCGACUCUGCGAGAGGUGUUUUGGGAAUAUGGAAGAAGAAAGACCAAGAGUGCCUUGGCGAAAGUUCUAUGUCCACCUGUCAGGAAGGACCAAUGACACUCAUCUCCCCUGGGUAUCAAGAUUUGUAGGUAUUGGCCAAGUUAAGGUGGUCUCUCCUGAGGACAGUGACUACAUCCUGCUGUUCUGUCCCAUCGCAUCCAGAGUUGGAACAGACAUCAGCGAGGCUCUGGAAAGUAUUCCAGCUGGUGACAAAGAAGUCAUCCUUGUGGUGAUGCAUCACACCUUCAACAAAGAUCAUGUUGUGGCUGACAGCAGGAGGCAGGUCAGUAACCCAAAAGUCCUCCUAGUUGUGGACACUCUGUUCUUCGAGGAACGUCCUCUGCAGUCUAAACACAAUGAAAUCGCAUGGGAUGAAAUCAAGAAGUUUCUUGGUGUCUGUGCUGAGGUCCCCAGCCGUGGCUUCAGUGAUUACUGUAUGGCUGUUUUACAACUUGUGUGGGCUGUGAUCUUGUUGAUGAUAACUUGGAUUCGUCGACUCUGCGAGAGGUGUUUUGGGAAUAUGGAAGAAGAAAGACCAAGAGUGCCUUGGUGAAAGUUCUAUGUCCACCUGUCAGGAAGGACCAAUGACACUCAUCUCCCCUGGGUAUCAAGAUUUGUAGGUAUUGGCCAAGUUAAGGUGGUCUCUCCUGAGGACAGUGACUACAUCCUGCUG